CAUGGCGGCCGCCCUGGGAGCGGGCGGCGCCGCCGAAGCCGGAGAUGACGACUUUGACCAGCUCGACAAGCCUGGUGCAGAGCGGUCCUGGAGAAGGAGAGCUGCAGAUGAGGACUGGGACAGUGAACUUGAAGAUGACUUACUCGGAGAAGACUUGCUGUCUGUCAAAAAGAAUCAGUCAGAUUUGUCAGAUGAAGAGCUAAAUGAUGACCUUCUGCAGACUGAUAAUGAGGAUGAAGAAUUCAGUUCUCAGAGUGUCUCAAUUGGCCUUAAUGCCACCUCUGGCCUGGUCACAUCGUUUGAGCUGUCCGACACCACACACGAUCAAUCUGGAGAGCAGGAGUCCGAGUAUGAGCAGGGGGAGGACGAAUUGGUUUUCCACAAGAGCACUGUGUCCGAGCUGUACGUGCACGAGUACCCGGAGGGCAGUCAGUACCGGGGCCCUGACCCCGAGCUGACCAACGAGCACCUGGAGUACGUGGAGGAGCCCGAGGAGGAGCCACUGUACAAUGACGAAGUGUUAGACCUCGAGAUCAACGAGCCUUUAGAUGAAUUCACUGGAAGUAUGGAGACUUUGGAACUCCAGAAGGACAUUAAGGAAGAGUCGGAUGAAGAAGAAGACGAAGAUGAAGAGUCUGGACGAUUACGUUUCAAAACUGAAAGGAAGGAAGGAACCAUCAUUAGACUCUCAGAUGUUACUCGAGAGAGAAGGAACAUUCCAGAAACUUUGGAGCUUUCGGCAGAAGCCAAAGCUGCACUGCUUGAAUUCGAGGAGAGAGAGCGGCAGCAUAAACAGGGCCGCUACAGCUCCAGGCGAGGAGGAAGGCGAGGAGGCGCCGUCAUGUGUCGUGGUAUGGGGGACCAGCGGCGCGACAAUAGCGAGAGGGGGAGAGUCAAGGAGCACAGAACGGCCAUGCUUCCCACACAGCCUUCCACGGCGACACACUCACCAAGGCUGAUCCCUCCUCCGCAGCCACAGCCGCCCCCACCGCCACCACAGCAACCCAUCCGGAGCCUGUUUCAGCAGCCGCCACUGCUCCCGCUGCAGCACCCACACCUGCCCUCCCCACCGCAGGGCCUGCACCUGCCGUCCCAGAUGGACACCCCACGUGUGAUGAUGACACCCCCACCUGUGGCCCCGCAGCAGCCCAAGAACAUCCACAUCAACCCCCACUUCAAGGGGGCGGUGGUAGCGCCAGUACAAGUGCCCUUGCUGCCCAUCCCAAGCCAGCCAAGACCAGCCGUGGGACCCCAGAGAUUCCCUGGUCCUCCCGAGUUUCCACAGCACACGCCUGGGCCCGUGCCCAACAGCUUCACCCAGCCCCCAAGGUUACCCCUACAAGACCAGUGGAGAGCCCCACCACCACCUCAAGACCGGGACCCCUUCUUCCUGGGAGUUUCAGGUGAACCCCGGUUCCCGAGUCACCUCUUCUUGGAGCAGCGCAGCCCACCACCCCCACCUCCCACUCUCCUUGGCAGCAGCCAUCCGGUGCCCUCGCCCACACCCCUGCCCUUCACACAGCCUGGACCUGCAUUCAGCCAGCAGGGCCAGCAGCCUGUGUUCCCCCGGGAGAGAGCCGUGAGGCCAGCACUGCAGCCGCCAGGACCCGUGGGGCUCCUCCACUUCAGCCAGCCGGGUUCCGCCAACACCAGGCCCUUUCUCCCCCCAAGACAGCCCUUCCUGCCUGGCCCUGGACAGCCCUACCUGCCCGCACACGCACAGCCUGGCCUGCAGGGGUCGCUGCACCCCCCGAUGCCUCCUCCCCACCAGCCGCAGCCGCAGCCACCGCCUCAGCACCCACCACCACCCCAGCACCAGCCGCCUCAGCAUCAGCCGCCACAGCACCCACCACCGCAGCACCCACCGCCGCAGCAUCCGCCGCCGCAGCACCCGCCGCCACACGCGCCACAGCCGCACCAGCACCACCUCUCAGUGCCGCCCCCGCCUCUGCUGCCCAUGGCACAGCCGCCCUUCAGGCCGCACCUGCAGACGCCACCGCCACAGGCCAGCAGCAGCCGGAUGCAGGGCCCUCCGAGGCAGGGCCCUAGGCAUAAUUCCACAUCCCAGAGUCUGAACAAACGGCCGUUGCAGCAGAUGCCGCCUGCCGCUGCCCGCAACAGUAACCUGCGUGAGCUUCCCGUGGCCCCACCGCAUGUGCUGGACAUCCUGGAGAUGAGCGGCCGCUGCUUGGCCACCUCUGCCACAGGGCCUGUGCAGGGCAAGGUGGACAGCAAGAACAAGACUGCCAGCACUGCAGUACCAGCCAAGGAGGAGGCCAAGACUGAGCUGGAGUUCCCAGAGGAGGAUGAAGAGACACGUCUGUACCGCCUGAAGAUUGAGGAGCAGAAGCGGCUGCGUGAGGAGAUCCUGAAGCAGAAGGAGCUGCGGCGGCAGCAGCAGGCAGGCGCCCGCAAGAAAGAGCUGCUGGAAAGGUUGGCGCAGCAGCAGCAGCAGCAGCAGCAGCUGGGCCCAGGCCCAGCACUGGCGCCCACCCCACAGGAGGAACCAGUGACCACACUGUCCCCCGCCAAUGGUGGCCCCCUGCUGCCCUUCCCCGGUGCGCAGCUCCGGCAGAACGUGAGGACCAGGCUACUGGGAAAGGUCCCAGACAGCACCAGCAACCAGCCCAAACCCUCCCACUCUCUUCUGCCGGCAGCACCCAGCCAGGGUCAGGGACCACAGGCCAAGCCACUCAAGCACGUACGACCUGCCCGUGCUGCACCCUUGAAUCCUGCCCAGCACAGAGUCCCGCAGGUGAAGCCUGAUGAGGGGGAUGGGCCACCCCCCCCACAGACCAUACGCACAGCUGUCCUGCAGAGCCGACCCUCUGACAGCAAGCCUGGUGCCAAGAGGACAGUCAUGCACCGGGCCAGCAGCGGUGGCAGCGGGGACGGGCCGCACAUCAGCUCCAAAGUUAGGGUCAUCAAGCUGUCCGGAGGGCAGGGAGGCGAGAGCGACAGCUUCUUCCCAGCUGAGGCCCCAGCACAGCGGCUCCCCCUGCCCGACGUGAGGCAACAGCCAGCCCGCAAGGUGACGCUGACCAAAGGCACCCUACAGCCGCAGGCCCACCUGUCCGGGGGUGCCCACAUUCACCCUACCGCCCCCCCGGGCAUCAGGAGCAUCCAGGGCAUCCACCCUUCCAAGAAGGUGAUUCUGCAUGGGAGAGGCCGAGGUGUGGCUGGCAGUCUGGGCCGAGGCCGCCUCAUGCCCAACAAGCAGAACCUGCGUGUGGUAGAGUGCAAGCCACAGUCCUGCGUGGUGUCCGUGGAGGGGCUGUCCUUGUCCACCACCGACGUGCAGCUCCGCAGCCUGCUCAUGUCCGUGGGGCCCAUCCAGAGUUUGCAGAUGCUGCCCCAGCAGCGCAAAGCCAUCGCCAAGUUCAAAGAGCCGGCCCAUGCGCUCGCCUUCCAGCAGAAGUUCCACAGGCACAUGGUCGAUCUGUCUCACAUAAAUGUGGCCCUGAUCGUGGAGUGAACGCGGUCCCGAGAUGCUGGCCUGACGCUGUUCUGCCACACGGAGUUUCUCCUUGAGCCAUGGGUUUGGAUGCCCCGAGCACAGCCUCGCCUGCCCUGUCCUGCCCUGUGGGACUGUUGUCGCAGCGCGGACUCUGGAGGACGGAACUCGUGGACACGUGGCCUGGCGCCGUGUUUAAUCGCGUCUGAGUCUGUGGGCGCCACCGGGAACUCGGGGUUUUGUUUCCAUUGUUGCCCAUGACCGCGCUGCAUGUAGGCUAUGGUUGUCCUUCAGAAAGAACAUUCGAUAAUGGUUGCACUUACCUUCCGCCAGGCUCCGUGACACUUUGCUCACGAGCUUGACUUGUCUUGACUGCACCAGAGGCCCCCAAGGCUCAGGGAAGUGUGGGUGAGAUCCAGACGGUGCUUCCCGUAAGGUCCCGCCAGCACCACAGUCACCCCAGUCACAGCCCACUCUUGUGGGCUCUUGUGGGAACCGGCCAGGGACAGGUACAGCUUUCCUGGUCCUGGGCAUGUUCUUCUCUAGACUUGACUCAGUUGCAGCUCUGGGUUUUCGGACUCCACUGGCUUGUAUCUAGAACAUUCCGGGCCGCCAUUGCUCUGCCCACUUCUUUAAGUAAGGCCUAUGUGAGCAGAGCUGUGCGGGCCCUCAGCAAGGUAGGAACAGCUUCGGCCUGUGUUCUGUAGUUCAGGGGUCGGCACGGCGGAGCGGGGUGAGGGCCCACGAGUGCCCUGGUGCCCCAUGUGUGGGCUGCGCAGAGGGGACCAGGCAUCUGAGUGGAGCCUGGGCCCUGCUGGUACAGACGUAGAUGCUCCGGAGCAGCAGGGAAGGGAAUGGGAGCUGUUGGUGCUGUGAGGGGCAAGGCCCGGGCAUGGAAGCCCCGCACCAAGUGUCUGUAGGCAGGGCCAGGCCAGAGUCUGUAGGACUCUGAGUAGCCCAUGGCAGAACCUCUUUUAGCCCACUCCUCUUCCCUCUUUCCAGCACAGGUGGACAGUGGGGUGGGUGGGUGGGGGGUGGUGGUAGCCGUGCCACUGGCACUUGAGCCAGUGUCUGAGUCACUGCAGCCGCCCUGGCAUUCGUAGUCUAGAGAGAGCGGUGGCAACAGGAGUGCUGACUGGGAGGGACUGUGACCCUUCCCUGUGGGCUCCCUGAAACCAAGUCUCUGAAGCAGGUCAGCAGCUUCUGCCUCGUUAGCCAGUGCAGCCCCGGGCACCAGAGUGCAAGACCUUGUGAGUCUGGGCGCACACACCAGCAAGCUUCCUCUGGACAGCUGAGUCAGCCCCCCCACACCCCCCACCCCCGGAAAGGUCCUGGCAGCAGUUACCUUCCCGCUGCUGCCCACUGCCCACAGAGGGAGUCAGGGCCCUGAGCCCGGCCUCAGGAAGAUCGGUUGCAACCAUUAUCUUUGUUCUUUCUUUAUCAUGCAUUUAAAACGAGAUGCAGAAACACUUGACGUUGUAUAUACGGACCUUCUCAGAUUAAACCGUUAUUGGACACGCUUCCCCUUCAGCAACAUCUUAGGUAUCUAUUAGUUCCCCUGUUGUCUCACCAAAGUCGGAUGGAUCCAGUUCCGUAAUUGUUGGUGCGUGUGUGUGCACAUUCGAUUUUUAUAAAGAUGCUAGUAAGUCACUCCGUUGACCCUGACCUGUGUAUUAUUUGUUCACGACUUCCCACAGCUUAGCCAGUGAUACUUGCCUAGCUCGGGAGGUAAAAACACACGAGGCUGUGGUGCAGCCCAGGUUCUGUUUUCUUUUUGCAUUUUCUUGCUUUGAUUUUGUGCUGUACUGUAAGCUCCCUCCUGUGGCUGCUUCUCUGAGAAACUCGGACUGAUGAGCUGGAAGGGAAGAAGCGGCUUUGACCAUCCCGGGCGUCUUCAGAAGGUGGCAGGAUUGGGGAGAGGGCUAGGGGGGUGAGGGGCUCCUCUUCGGUGUGUAAUUUUUAAUGUCCUGCUUCCACAGUGCUCCGGAAGGCAGCUGUGGCCUCCCUGACCUGGGCCUCUGGAUCUCGUUUCCUUCUGCUAACAAGAGUUGGGCGGGGGUGUACUAUGUGGAUAACCCACUUCUCUUUUAACACACUGACUUCUCAGGGCCCACAGCAGACAAGGGAAAGGCUGCGGGUGGGCAUCCAUGGUCUGGGCGGACAGAGGUCAUCGGAUGAGGGUGCCACUGCUGAGUGUGUUCUGUGGGGGUCCUUUUGGGCUCACCUGGAAUCCCUGUCUGCGUGCUUUGUUUGUGUUUCUCAGCGGUUUGCUCAGAAAGGUAAGCUCGCCGCUCGCUCCCUUGAGGUCAGACUCCGAGGAGUGACCUAGCCCUGACCCUGAGCUUCCUCCCUACCCCUGGGCAUCCCGUGGACACUCCUUCCUUUCCCCCAUUAGCUCUUUCUUAACUGCAGGGGUGGAAGGUGACUGAGUCCCCAGUGACUGGGCAGGGAGGGGCCUUGUGGCCCCUCCAGUGCCUUGUCCUGGAGGACAGUGACAACACUGCUGACUGAGACGUUCCCCUGAGCCUGUGACCUGUGAGCCCUCUAGGACUUUUGGGGACCUGCCGCCAUGGGCUGGCACAGUCAUGAAUCCUAAGGAUUCUGUGUGAGGUGCCAUGCACCCGUGUGAGCGCCUGCUACAGGCGUGAGCCCAUCAGGCCCGCGUGCAGGGUCUGAGCCAAACUUGAUCCACAUUGGAUCCCAGGUAUGCGCCUUCGGCGCUGCUGCUACGUGGAGCUGGUCUUCACGUGGGGCUGGGUUCUCUGGCCCAGCAGCCUAGAGCCCGGUGUCCUCGAUGAGGACUUGUUCUUUUCCAGACUUGCAGCCAACUUGAAUAUCGUCUCAGGUUGGUGUUUGGCUUUGUUCAUUCUUUUUUGGGCCCCCUUUGAGUGCCCCUCUGGGCCGGGGUGCUGGUGGAGGUGCAGCUAGACGGCAGUGGUGGGGUGGCAGCAACGGUCGGGUUAUUGGCAUGUUUCAGGUUUGGAAAGCACCAUGGACACCAGAUAACCUGUUACUCAUCCUCCACUUUGCUUCCACAGUGCAGAAUCACUCGGAAUGUGUCCUGGGACACCCCUAACACUCAGGCUUUGGCCCCUUUGACUUCUAGGUGCAGCUGUCGAGCCCAGGCACAUGGUCCCUGCCUGCGCUCACCCAGCCGCUGCUGCUUCUACUUUCUGCCCUUCUGCCCCUCUGGCCUUUUCCUGGCUAAGCUUGGGUUUAGGCACCGCUGCUCUUGGGCCCAGGACGUGGGGUGCCUCCACCCAGCCUGGCCCUGCCCGCUCACACCUUUGCUUCCACAGGUCUUUCCCUCUUUUUUCUUGCAGGUGGGGUGGGACAUAACUGGCCUUUAUUUUGCAGUGGAUGAUGCUGGCGGUGGGGACGGGUGGCGGGCGGGUGGCACUAACCUGCCUCUUUGUCCCUCUACUUUACAGGACCUUUGCAUGAGCUCAGGUAGAGGUAGUGCAUCUCCCGAGUGCUGGGAGCCCCGCCGCAGCCCUCCCACCUUAGUGUGCGCCGCGGGCAGCCCCCGGAGCAGAAGCUGUGUAAUGAGUGGCUGAGCCCAGCCACUUGGCCCUUGGGCCUACCCCUAGCUCCCUAGACCAGCCCCCUUGUGUCUGUUGGUCCGGCCCCACCUGGUCGAGCCCCCUGGCCCUGUGUGAUCCCUGGAGCACUUGCACGUGCCGCCAUGUCUGGGCGUGUUGUCAUGUUCAUUGUACUGUAACCAAAGAGAUGUGUCAAUAAAGCAAGCGUCUGCACUGCC